CAGAAUUUACUCCCCGGUGAAGCGUGCAGGGCGCUACGUCCUUCAGACCUCUGAAAAAUUGCUCUCAAGAAGCUGGAAAGGAUUGCAAAAGGAAAGAGCAGAAACGCUGGCAGCAAAAGCCGGAUACACCGCGGCUUUUUUUCCCCGCCCCCAAGCGGCUGGAGGAAGAAAAAAAGGCUCGGGGCUGGUGUUUCCCACCCCUCUGUCCCGCGGAGGGGGCUCUCUGGCCAACAUGGCCGCGCACGUUUUCCUCACGGGACCCCCAGGAAUUGGCAAAACAACAUUGAUCCGGAAAGCUGCUGACAUUUUAAAAUCAUCUGGUCUCCCCAUUGAUGGAUUUUACACAGAGGAAGUGCGAGAAGGUGGCCGGAGAAUAGGGUUUGAUGUGGUCACUCUGAAUGGAAGAAGAGGAAUAUUAUCCAGAGUUGGCUCUGGUCAUUCAGCAGCAAGGCAUGAAUAUCGUGUUGGCCAAUAUGUUGUAGAUCUAGCUUCGUUUGAACAGUUGGCUCUUCCUUUGUUGAGAAAUGCUGAUUUUGGCAGCAGUACAAUGAAGAAGGUUUGCAUAAUUGAUGAGAUUGGUAAAAUGGAGCUCUUCAGCCAGACGUUUAUUCAAUCUGUCGAACAAAUACUGAAUGGAUCAGGAACUGUGAUAUUUGGAACAAUCCCAGUGCCUAAAGGAAAGCCUCUGAGACUUGUAGAAGAGAUCAGAAAUAGAAAGGAGGUGAAACUCUUCAGUAUUACGAAGGAGAAUAGAGAUGGCAUUUUACAAGAAGUUGUGACAACUGUGGAGAACUGCCUAAAAUGAGAUGUGUGUCUUGACAUCCCACCUCUUCUGCUAUUUACAGUUUGAUGUUAUUUUCAUUAAUAUCUAGAGCUUAAUUGACUUGAAUGGCUGGUGUAGGUGUUCUUGUUUUACAUUUGUUUUCUGAGGUUGGUUUCUGUAUAAAAGUUAAUUUGUUCAGGAAAAUACACACACACACACACACACACACAAAUACAUACAUACAUUCACCAAUAUAAUGAUUAGCUUCAUCAUGAUACUGAGAAUCUAGGCUCUGAAUUGCAUGAUACCUCAUUUUAACUGAUACAAACAAUGAAAACCUUUGAACAGCAUGCUGUGGAUCAGUCUAUCACUGAUCAGAUACUUUUUCACUUAUAGCACUGUAUUGUAGAAGAAGGGUCUAUGGAAUACAUACCAUUGCACAUGGAACAUUUUUCAGGAAUACCAUAAAUAAAAAGAGGGCAGACAUGGAAAACUAGAAAAGAAAGGGGAAGUGUCUCAAGUGCCAGUGAAAUUUUCUUUACUUUGAAAAACUCAGCACUUUUUCAGAAAAUUAUUUGUCAAGAGCAUAGCUAAAGCAUUUUGAUUAGCAGUUACUAGCUUUUACACAAUUUGAAAAACACUUCUCACUGGCAUUUGAGACCUUUCCCUCUUUUUCAGGGAUAUCGGGAAUCAAACAUUAGAUUGGUCAGCUUGACUUGCCUCUGAAAGUAAAAGUAAAAAUGAUUAGAAAACUGGAAACAAAAGGCAUACAUGUAUCUUUAUAGUGCUAUUUUGGGGCUGUGUUUAAAGAAAUGAUUUUAUGAUCGUAAAAUCAGAUUUUCCAAAAUCCCUUUAAUAUUUAUUUGUUCAUUCGUUCAUCAACUCUUAAUUUCUGAACAUUUAUUAAAUAUUUUCUACAUACAUAUUUCUAUAUGGAAUGUAUUUCCCUUAUGAAUAAUUUUUAUUUCUCUAAUUCAGCUUGACAUUUGAUGUACCAAGUUAAAUUGCUGUGUUCAGUAACACUUAACAUUUUUUGUUUCUUUUGCACCUUUUUCAGUUAAUAAAGAAGCUAUAAAUUACUGUGACACAACACAUAUCCCACAAGACCUCUGAAUGAUGUUCAGGCAAAGUAUUUACCAUUUAAUCAGUUUUGCAUAUCAUGAAAGCUAAAUUCCCAGCCAGGUGCACGUUUUCAUACACUGCAAUGUUUUUUUUGGCGCCAACAAAAAAAUGUAAAGAUAUGCAGCCGCUUUUCUUUUGGUAUGUGAAAUGUAACAUAUGUUCAAUUAAAGCAUUCCUUAGCUAAAGGAAUGUAGAAUCUCA